AGAAAGGGAGACUUGGUUUUGAGAGGUGUGCCUGAGAAUGGCUAUGGCCGGACUGAUCAAGCUUGUUCAUGCCAUAGCCACAACGGGGGAGGAGGAGGAUGCCCUAGAGAGAUAGUGGACCUGGCGGAGGACGAGGAGGAGGAGGAGGAGAAGGAGAGUGAGGAGGAGGCUUCUUAUCGCCUUUCACGGGAUGAGCAUACGGUCUCGGCUACCUGCGUCAGGUUUUGUAACGUCAAGUAGUCGUGAUCGCGGUCGUAUUCGACUCGUUGGAGUGUCGUGAUUUGUUUGUGAAGGUUGAGAGGUGGCAAUGUGAAUUGGAGGGUUAGUGAGGCGAAGUUAGCUGGAGCGGAACGAGACGGAGAUUUUUUUUCAAAUUUAGGUGGCGGGGUUCAUGUGGAGGAAAUGGCGGUGAUGGCGUAGAUCCGUGAGGAGGAAGAACUGCUGAAGGGUGAAGGGAGGAGGUGGCGGGGGGCAAUGUGGUUGGAGUAGAGAGAAGCAAAGAGGAAGGUGAGUGAGGGUAGGGUUCGGAAUAGGGCGUGUGGUGUUGGAGUGGAAGGUAUGAUCGCAGGAGGGGGCGCUAUUGUGGCGCCCGCUCCCGGGUUGCCAAUGAGCCAGCCUUUGCCUCCGCUUGAGUGGAAAUUCUCGCAAGUGUUCGGAGAACGUGCUGCGGGGGAAGAAGUUCAAGAAGUUGACAUCAUUUCCGCUAUUGAAUUCGACAAAACUGGGGAGCAUUUAGCAACAGGUGAUCGAGGCGGUCGUGUCGUUUUGUUCGAAAGAACUGAUGGCAGAGAUCAACGAACUCGAAGAGAAUUGGAGAGGGCGGAUCAUCCUGCACCCAGGCAUCCCGAAUAUCGUUAUGCGACGGAGUUUCAAAGCCAUGAACCUGAGUUUGAUUACUUGAAAAGUUUGGAAAUUGAGGAGAAGAUCAAUAAAAUCAGAUGGUGCGACACUACUAAUGGUGCCCGAUUGCUGCUCUCCACAAAUGAUAAAACCAUCAAACUCUGGAAGGUCUCAGAGAAGAAAGUGAAGAAUGUUUCCAAUUUGAAUCUAGAUCCAGCCCAACAUCUGAGCAAUGGAAACUCGAUGGUUGCUAGCCCUGUGCCUAGCUCCAGGCCAUUUUCUCCUAGGUUGAUGUACGGAAACGGUGUAAAAAGACCUGUCACAAGUAUCAACCCGGAUUUCGUAUUUCCACCUGGCGGCAUUCCCUCUCUUCGUUUGCCUACGGUGUGGAGCGCUGAGACAGCGCUUUUGGCAAGAUGUAGAAGAGUAUAUGCUAAUGCCCAUGCUUACCAUAUCAAUUCCAUCUCUAACAACAGUGACUGUGAAACGUACAUAUCUGCUGAUGAUCUGAGAAUUAAUUUAUGGAACAUGGAGAUCAGUGACCAAAGUUUCAAUAUUGUUGAUAUUAAGCCUGUCAAUAUGGAAGACCUUACAGAGGUCAUCACAUCUGCUGAGUUCCAUCCAACCCAUUGCAACAUGUUAGCUUAUAGCAGCAGCAAAGGCUCCAUUCGCCUUAUCGAUAUGCGACAAUCGGCUCUUUGUGACAGACAUUCUAAAUUAUUUGAGGAGGCAGAGCCUGCAGGAUCACGAUCAUUUUUCACAGAGAUCAUAGCAUCGAUUUCGGACAUCAAGUUCGCUAGAGGAGGCCGUUAUAUCCUAAGCAGGGACUAUAUGACUCUCAAGUUGUGGGAUGUGAACAUGGAAGCUUCUCCUAUCGCCACCUUCAAAGUACAUGAAUAUUUGCGGCCCAAGCUUUGUGAUUUAUACGAGAGCGACUCAAUAUUUGACAAGUUUGAGUGCUGCCUUAGUGGAGAUGGUCUGCGCGUUGCCACUGGUUCUUAUAGCAAUUUAUUUCGCGUUUUUGGGGCUACUCCUGAAAAUGAAGAGGCAUCUACCUUAGAAGCGAGCAAAAGUCCAAAUAAUCGGCGGCCUGUGUUACCGUCAUCAAAAACUACAAGCCGACUUGCAAAUCUCGCUCGGAGUGGCCGCCUCACUAGACGAGUUACAGAUGGUGACGGUAGCCCAGGGGUAUCGGAGUUAAAUGGAGGGACUUACGAUUUUACGUCGAAACUGCUCCAUCUAGCAUGGCAUCCACAAGCCAAUGUGAUUGCCUGUGCCGCCUCCAACAGCUUGUACAUGUACUACGCCUAGGACUGACUGAUCUCAACUAGGAGCUUAUUUUUUAGUACCCAAUAUUUUUACCGCUCUCCCAUGUGUGGAGUAUCUACUCUUCGAACUUUGUCAUCUGCGUGGUCAGAUGGAGUGAAACUGGAAGGAGGUUGUCGUUUGUGAAAGCAAAUGCGCUGAUUGCGUUUGCCCUAAUUAUAAAUUGGUCUGUCUAGAGUGUGAGGUACAGGCCUCGUUGGAUGAAUUUGGGAUAGUGAGGUAGUCUGGUAAAAAGCGUGCGUCUUUUUGGAAGCUCAAAUUUUUCUAUUAGAUCUUUGUUAGUAAUUUAUCUACUGCUUGCCUUACCUUGUUGCUGUUGAGGCAUGGCUUAUACGGCUACAAAUUGCCAACAUUUUGCUUCUCAGAGAAGUUUGCACUCACCGUCAAGAGACGCGUCUUGUAGUGCCCACCUUGGAUGAGAGUUAGUUCUCUAUUUCAUUGUUAUGUUCUCUUUGACUGUCCUUUGAGAGGUAUAAUUUCUCGUCUUGCUUAGUUGAGCAGAUGACUAUUAAUCUGAUUCUUUGGGUCCUAUUGGCUUUUACACCCUCGCGUCCAUUUAUUUAUCAAUUCUUUUAGUACAUUAUUGAUUCUUGUUGUUGGGAUUGUAUCUCUCUUACUUAGUUUUUGACACAUUUGAGAAAUGUAGCAUUAAUAUCAGUCACAUUUUAUGUGAUGAGCAUGUCAUUGCUAGGUGGUUUUAUCUGUUGAGCGCGACCAAGUGGCACUUGCCUGUGACUCUGCUGGUCAAGUAAUCUGGAACAUGAAUCUUAAUUUGCAUCUCUGAGGACUGAUCCUGGAUUAUGGAAAAUUUGAUUGUGUAAUGGGUAAGGUCCAGUUGGAGACAUCUUCAUGUUGAGCAUUUAGGAUUCAGCUAAUUGUUAAGACGCAGUUUGCUUAGGGCCAAAUUGGUUUACGAUCUAGGCUAGGAUUUUUUGUUCUUAUGUUUAAUAGCAAUAUUUGAGACCUGCAGGAGUGACUAUGCGCUGGAGGUGCACGCAGAUUGCAAUGUUGAUUUGUUGGAUGACAGCAAUCUGUGAUCACACUGCGUAGUCAAUAGUGUGACUUACUUUUGAGGUCAGCCUGCCUUUUUUCCAUUUCGGUUAGCAUCUUGGAGAAAACGGGCUUUAUAUUCGCAGGCCUGGUAGUCUACAGUUCUUGGAUGUCAAAGCAUGGACUCGUGAAUUUUCUUAUCUGUUCAGCCUGUAUAUUCUUUCAGAGUGGCAUAUUUGGCGUCAUUCAAUCUUCGAAGGAUUUGCUCUGAACACGUGAUUUUGUUUUGGUUCUACAGGAAUUGUGCUUGGACCUGUCUCGUAAAUGUGGGUUUUGUUAGUUGUCUGGUGGCGGCUUCAAGUUCGUGCAGAAUUGCAUCUGAUUAUCGGGAUUCAGCUUUUUCUGUUUGCCAUUUUUUUCGAAGCAAGAAUAUUGUACUGUUGACGUUGGAAUCCUAGCGCGAUAUUUACUCGUAUUCGUCUGAUUGGUUGAUUUAAUUAAUUGUUCUCUUAACACGCCUUCCUUCAGCAGAUUAUAUUCUAACAGCGGGCGGCAGGCGACGGGGAAUAGGAAGUUUGACCAGUGACGACAGCUGGACGAGUACUGUGUGGGUGAAUUUUAAGUGAAUUGGCGGCUCACUAGAAGCAUUCGUUCUAGGGGUUGAUACUCAGCCAACGUGGAGAGCGGGAAGCACAGUCUACGACCCUUUGCCCUCACAAAUUGCAGUGAAUGCAUGGUGAGGCUUUUUCCACGUCCUCCAAAUGGGUAACCAGAUUUCUCCGUUGAACAUACCUGGAAGUCGCACCUGGUUUUUUGAAUUUUCAGUGAUUUUUCUUCCACCCUGCCCUUGUCGUCUGCCCUCCCUGAUGUAGUUCUGUACUUGGAUUUGAUUGUACUGACCCGAUCAAUGUCGACGCAGGCAAAAUUAGAGAAUUUGACUUGUAGUCUAUUCAUCACGUUUCACUUUCAUCUAAACUAAGCUUACUGGUUGCUAGUUUUAGCUGUUCGCGUGGAGAGGAGUCAGUAUUGUUCAUGAACUAGGCCAUUAUAUGUUAAGGAUGGGUACUGUGAUCCGAAUUUUAAGAUACCUGUAGUGAA